AACAAGAACAGUUACUUCAUUCUGUUCCUGACACAUGAUGGAUCUGCGUGUCUCUGUUGUUCUUCUGUUCGUUUUUCUCACUGGAGGAUACUCUCUGAAGUGUUACAUGUGCAUAUCUGCUCAGACGGGCUCCUGUAAUGCAGUAGAGAAGACGUGUGGAAAUGGAAUGUACAAAUGUGAAAGCAAAACAAUAGAACAACCCAUUGCAGGAACCGCUAAGGUGUCUAUCACAACUAAACAGUGUUCAGCUACAUGUGAAGCUGGGACCCAACAGCUCCCAAAUGGACGGUCAAUAACUACCCAGUGCUGUGGCACUGACCUCUGCAAUGCUGCAGAUGGCGUGUAUAAGGGGAGCUUCCUGCUGCUGUUGUCUCCUCUGCUCUUUUACUUCUUGUUUCAGUGAAUCCAGCUGCGCUUGUCAAUCAUGAAAAUGUGCUUUUGGCUGUUCAACUAUAUGGUUAACCAACCAAAGUAUUAAAAUGCUUAGAAACAAUAUAACUAUAAACCAUAACAAGACAACUUACAAGAAAAGCAGAUUUGUUUUCUUACAAAGUCAUACACCCAAACAACCACAGAUUCAUAUGUCAUACGUGCAAUGCACACACACACACACACACACACACACACAUCUCACAUAUAGACAAAAUAUAACAAGCUUAACAGAAGUAUGUGACCAGAGAAAUCACACGUUUGUUUGUGACAAACAUUGUACAGAGAAUUUUUUCAGAGAGCAUUCAUCUCUAAUUAAAAUAAUGAUCUGAAAAUAAGACGUAAAGUAAGACUCAUCAGUUUAAUAAGAUUAAAGAUUAAAGCUGCACAUUUCAUAACACCUGUAGUGAUUACUGAAGAUCUGAGGAAUGAUCCAAAAUAUCCUGACUUUUUUUUUUAAGAAAUGGCAAAAUUUUUACAACAAAGAGCCAUUAGUUAACAUUAAAUAAUACAUUAAAUGAGCAUCACAUUUGUUACAGUAUUUACUAAUAUUUCUUAAUAUCAGUUAAUAAAAAUACAACUUAUCAUAGUUCAUGUAAGC